AAACAGAUUUCAUCGAAAAUUGGUUAGGAGAGCAGCCAUCAAUAUGCGUGGAUAUAUCAUUUUGGCUGUCUUGGCUGUGGCUCGCGCUGAUGUGGGUGGCUACAACUAUGGAGCAGGUCAUGGUGGUUCUGUGUCUGGAGGUUCUAUUUCGGGGGGAUCUAUUUCGGGAGGCUCUAUCUCUGGGGGCUCCAUCUCUGGGGGCUCCAUCUCUGGAGGCUCUCUCUCAGGAGGCUCCCUGUCUGGAGGAUCGUAUUCCACCAACUAUACCCCCGUGAACACCGAGUUCAACAAGGAGUUCUUCACCUACUCCGCUCCCGAAGCGGAUUUCGAGGACAACAGGAGCAUCAGUGACCUGGCCCAGUCCCUCAAGAAGAACCUGCGCGUGGUGUUCAUCAGGGCUCCGGAGAACAAGGGUCUGGAGAACGCCGCCCUGGCCCUGGCCAAGCAGGCUGCCGAGCAGCAGACCGCCAUCUAUGUCCUGACCAAGCAGGGUGACCUCUCCAGCCUGGCCAACCAGCUGCAGAACCUGAACCAUGUGAGUGCCAGCAAACCGGAGGUGCACUUCGUCAAGUACCGCACCCAGGAGGAUGCCCUCAAUGCCCAGAGGACCAUUCAGCAGGAGUACGAGCGUCUGGGCGGCUCCUCCACCUCUCAUAAUGGAGGUGUGGCACCUGUCCUGGACUUUGCCACCAAGUUGCAGCAAGUGCAACAUCAGCAGCAGCAGCAGCAGCAGCAGGUGCAACUGAUUGAUGAGCGCAGGGCUUCCGCCGGAAGUGUAGCCGCCGAGCUGGAGGCUCCUUCGGCAGGAUAUAUCCCACCUGCAGCUGCUGCCCCCAGUUCCACCUACCUGCCUGUGAGCAAGGUCAAGUAGGCG